GACCAAGCGAAAUAUCGAUAUAAGCGUUGUCGACAGCAGCUCAGCCCUAAAAGAAAGGAAGAAAGAAGAAAGGAAAUCAGAAGUAAUCCAGACAUUGACUAACUCGGACUAGUCCUAGUUUUGUGGUUAAAGGCUCCUACACUUGAAGGCGACCACAGCUUUCGCAGGACGCGUACACACACACACACACACACACAGCGGCCAUUCUCCGCCGAACAAGUGAAAUGCCAACAUGCCAUUGUAUGUGUGUGGUGGUGACCAACUGAUAUAGAAUUAUAGACCAAAGCAAAGCGCAGAGAAAACGUAGGCCAAAAGCUAUAUUGGAUCGGUGUCACAGUUUUCCAUAGCGCACCGACCUGUCAAAUGGGAAACUUUGUGAGCAGACAGAACGCGGCGGUGGAGGAGGCCGAUCCGAGCACGAACAAUGCCUACAAGUAUCCACCGAGAAUGGGUAACUUCUUUGGCACCCACUUCAUCAUGGGCGGCGAGCGCUUCGACACGCCCCAACCGGAAUCGUACUUGUUUGGCGAGAAUGCGGAUCUCAAUUUCCUGGGCAAUCGGCCCACAGCCUUUCCGUAUCCCCCGCCGCAGGCCAAUGAGCCCACGAAGACGCUGAAGAGUCUGGUCAACAUUCGCAAGGAGUCGGUGCGUUUCGUCAAGACGAUGAACGACAAGAAGCUGGGCGGUGUACUCGAGAAGCCCAAGAUGAAGGAGAUUGAUCGGGAUUUGGAUUUGGACAAGGAGAAGUCCAACGUCACCAUCGAGGAUGUAGAUGGAAAUGUGCUCUGCUCGAUGGGUUUGGGUGGCGGUGAUGCCGAUAUGACGCCCCCACCACCGCCCUGCUCUUACAACAUCGAGUUUACCUUUGACUCGGACGCCAAGUGCGCCAUUACCAUUUACUAUUUCUGCUCGGAGGAUGUCAGUCCCAGCGGCGUGACGCUGGUGCCGCGCGAGGGUCUCACCUCGGAGACGUACCACUACGAGAAGGGCAUCAAUCAGUGCUUCUCGCAGCCGAGCCAUGUCUUCAAUCCGCAGCAGAUGCCCGAGGAUGAGCUGGGCUAUAGUCCCGGCCGAGAACAGUAUCCGGUGGCCAUUCACUGUGUGGUGGAGGAGGGCAGCGACGAGUGUCGCCAAUCGCACACCACCAUCUGUGUGAUCGAUCAUCAUCCGGAAAACGGCAGCUAUGUGCUGCGUGCCCUGAAGCAAAAGAUCUUUGUGGAUGGCUUGUGCUACCUGCUGCAGGAGAUCUAUGGCAUCGAGAACAAGGCCGUGAACAAAACGUCUCUGGACGAGGAGAUCGACGAUCAUGGCAGCGAGUGUGUCAUUUGCAUGAGUGAGACGAGGGAUACGCUCAUCCUGCCCUGCCGCCAUCUCUGUUUGUGCAAUUCAUGUGCGGAUUCGCUGCGUUACCAGGCCAACAACUGUCCUAUUUGCCGCGCUCCGUUUCGGGCGUUGCUUCAGAUCCGUGCUGUUCAGAAGGGAAUCAGCACGCAUGUGCUGCACCAGAACACGCCCACAUCGGCGGCCGGGGAGCCAGCGCCAGUGGAUGUUCCGCCAGGCUAUAUUCCAGUCUCACUAAUUGAGGCACUCAACGGACCGCCACAGUAUGUGGCCAGGGCUAGGAACAGCGAACACGACAUCACGGAUUCAGCUGCCACCGUGGCCGCUUCGACAAUGACCAGUGCUGACAUCAAGGCCACAUCGCCGAUCAAGUCCAGCAGCCAGCGUCGACCGAAGAUCAAGAAGAACGCUUCGACGUGCACGUCGACCAGUGAGGUGGGCACAAUUACCAAUCAAUCGGGCGGCGGCAAUGGGUCAUCCACACACUCUGUGGAGAUUGAAAGCGAUCCGAAGAAGUCCAGCACGGCCACCUGUACUUCGCCAACUUUGGGGGCAUCCACUUCGCCGGACCCGAAACAGGACAAGCUGCAGAUUGUCAACGAACGAAAGUAUCCCAGAUCCACAGCCGGUUCCGGUGGCGAUGGCUCCGCGGGGACAGAUGACGAUGUGGACAGUGAGAACGAGAAGCUAUCGCCUUUGCUAUCACCCGGCAGCAAGAGCAAGAACGUGUCUAGCAAAUCGCUGAAGCAGGUGGUGGCUUGCCUCGAAGCGGAUGAUGAUGUCGAUAAUAAGAGCAGCAUUGGUGAUGGACCGACCGAGGAGUCCAGCCUGAAGAAGGUUUCAUCGCUGAAGCGCUCCAAACCGAGGCCAGAACUUAGCGGAAGCGGUGCACCCUCACCCGCCGAGGUCACGGCCGAGGAUUCGGAUUAUUACACGCCGGAGGAUACUCAGAACUCGAUAUUAAGUCCACUGUGCCCCACGGAGCGAGCCAAAAGCGGUGAUCCCCUUGGCGCCGGCAGCCUUGGCAAUGGUGUUCUCAGCGUGGGCAGGAGCGCAGGAUCAGUGGGCGGACAAGGUGGAGUGGGACCCGUCGUUGUUGGUUUCAGUAGUGCAGUUAAGAAGAACCUGCACAAAAAGUCCACAUCGGUGGGCAACAUGGUGGGCUCCGGAUCGGUGACAACGGUUGUGGACUUGAAGUCCAACAACGUGAGCUCCCUGCCAGACAUGUUGGACAGCCCAAUCAGCGGCAACUCGGCCUCGACGCGCAGCUCCAGUGAUAGCUACUCCUCCAGUUCGUCAACCAAGCAGCUGCUCAGCUCCAAUCCGACCACUACGGCGGCCAAUAUUAUCGUGGAUGACAAGACAGCUCUGCAGAAUGCCGUCAAUGUUUAGAGCCGGUCUCAGUUGAAUUUCUCAGAAUUCGUUUUCUCGUUUUAGCUUUGCGUUGAAACUAUUUAUUCGUAGUUCACCUAGAUUUAGUUAAAUCAAUGCUGCUUCCCCGCCCGCAGGAACAAAUAUUUUAUAUUAUUGGUAAUGAUGAUGAUAGUGAUAAUGAUGAUGACGAUGAUGGUGUUGAUGAUGAUAAUAAGGUUAAGGAUGGAGCGGAGGAGGAGCAAGGAAUAAGGACACCAGGACGCAACACUUAACCAGUAUACAGUAUAUACAUACACACACAAACACCACAGACGCGAAAAGACACACGUCCCACAUGCAUGUGUAUGUAGUUUAAUCUAGCAUAAUGGCUUGGGUAUAUAACUAAACUAAAUCCAAUAAACAACGGCGGCUAGGGCGCUGCAUUCCACAGUA